AUGCUGCGGUUUGGAACAGGACUAAGGACUUGCCCACGAGUAUUGGCAGAUAAGGUCAGCGCUCAUGGCUUCCGCAUCCAUACUCCGGAUGAUAUUCCGAAUAAUGCCCAGCCACUCAAUGUUCUUGGUACAUCGUUGGAACGUCACUCAGUUUCACCAAUAACGGUUAGUGCGCCUAUUAAUUUCAGUAUCUUUGAAUAUCCUGCUCAGAACCACUCAGAGACGGCUACUGCCGCACUGACCGAUCCGAUUUGGGGGAGCACACUAUCGCUGGUCCCUGUUCUACAACCUAGCCUUUUCCUGGACUUUUCGGCUUCUCGGGGCAAUGACCUUUCUACUCCUCAUCCUCCUGCGUUUCCUGGUUUAACUUCUGGGUGCCGUUGGUGCCUGUGCGUCAAUCGCUGGAAAGAGGCCCUACUCGCUUAUAGGUCAGGAGAUAUCAGUCGCGAUGCGGUACCCAAAGUGGUUCUUAGUGCGACCGAUUCAUCUGCGCUCCGUACUGUAUCUCUGGGCGAUCUGCGCGAGUUCUCAUUUGACAGUUCAAGAGGCGAGCGCUAA